UUAUUAUUAGUUUAGUCUAGUUAUUAAUAGUAAAAUGGCUGAAUCAAGUGGAGGUACUGCUGAAAAAACCGAUGCUAACUCUGCAGCUGAUAAUAGUAGGAAGCAUCCAUUGUACAAGACCCUCUCCCGCUUCAAUAGGGAGCUGAACAAACUCAAACCUGAGGAAAUAAGAGAUAGACUGAGGCGGGAGAACCUCUCUGACCAGGGGACUGACCCUAUCAUUUAUAAGAGAUACAAGCAGUACCAGAAGAAAAACUUGGUAUCGUUGGAUCCAUCUCCUCCUUAUGAGCUCUGGCAGGUACUCAGUACCAAUCCCCUUGGACUUAAGUUUCUGCUUGUCCUUGAUUUUGAGGCCACGUGUGAGAGUGUCAACUCGUCUGAUUAUAUUCAUGAAAUCAUUGAGUUCCCGGUACAACUCUUAGAUAUAUCAACUCUUAAAAUUGUCGAUACAUUUCACUCUUAUUGCCGUCCUUGUCUUAACGAGAAACUCUCCAGCUUCUGUACAAAACUGACCGGAAUAGAGCAAUCUAUUGUUGACAAAGCCCCUACUUUUGCUGAGGUUUUUGAUGAUUUUACGGAAUGGAUGGAAGAAAGAGAGUUAGGUACAAAACAUAACUUCUCUUUAGUUACAGACUGUCCCUGGGACAUAAGAGAAUGUCUGUUCCCUCAGUGUGCUUUAUCUAAGGUAUCUUUCCCUCAUUAUGCUUCAAAGUGGAUCGAUGCCAGGAAAUUAUUUAGCAGCUUCUAUCAGAUCAGUUCCGGUAAUCUUGCUAACAUGUUGACUCAACUGGGAAUGAGUUUUGAAGGCCGUGAACACUCCGGGUUGGACGAUUCUAAAAACAUAGCAAGGAUUGUAUCUCAAUUGAUAUCUGAUGGAUGCACUCUACAGUAUAAUAGAUUCAUAUCGCAAGACAUUAUAUCUUCAAUUUUUAAGAACUGAACUCUAACA